CAGAAAAUAAACCAACUCUUAAUUAUUUUAUACAAAUUUAUUAAUUCCAAUAUUCAUAUGUCUUGUUCUAUUUAAUUAAAUUUCACCUAACGUUAAUCUGUGAACUGAAUACACAUGAAAUACUACCUUUAAUGCACAAACUAUACGGUGUUGUAUGUACCAUGUUUUUUUUGUAUAUUUACGAUAUUUAUAAAAUAUUUGAUUAUUAAAUACAUAAUUAAUGAAAAAACAAAGGAAAUCAACAAGAAGAUAUAACAUUAUUCAAACUGUCUUCUAGUUGAAGUUGAAACAAAGAAAUAUUAUUGUUAUUUUGGUGUAGCCUAAGUUAUAAAGUUUACAAUGACAUUACCUGGUAUUGGAGUAUUUGGUACAGGAAGUAUUGUUAGAAUAAUUAUUCCUUUUCUGAGAGAAAAGGGUUUCAGAAUUGAAGCUAUAUGGGGACGCACAUUGGCAGAAGUGUCAGAAGUUGCCAGUGAUCUUGAAAUACCAUUCCAUACCAGUCGAAUAGAUGAUGUACUUCUUAGGAAAGAUGUUGAUUUAAUUUUCAUUAUGUGCUCUCCUAGUUUACACGCGCAAAUUGCGGUAAAAGCUUUGGGAAUAGGAAAGCAUGUUGUAUGUGAUAAACCAGCUGGUUUAAGUCAAAGCGAAGCUCUAAAAAUGGUUAGAGCGGCACAAUAUUAUCCUUCUUUAAUAAGUAUCGUCAACCAUAGUUUACGAUUUUUACCAGCAUUUGUUCAUAUGAAAAAAGCUUUGGAAGAAGGAUAUUUGAACGGUCCUGUAAAUGUUGUAGAAGUUAGAGUACAUAUGGGCAGUUUAUUACACAAUGGGUACGAUUGGCUGUGCGAUGAUAUAAUGGGUGGAGGAAUUUUAGCAUUAGUAGGAAGUCAUGUGAUAGAUUUAAUUUUUCAUUUAAUUGGUCAACGUGCAUCAAGAGUGCAUGCAGUAGUUCGUACUUUUACUCAAACUACCCAACAUAUAAAUGGGAUAAGACGUGUUACAUCACCAGAUUUUUGUAGUUUUCAAAUGGAAUUGAAUAGUGGUACAUUGGUAACAGUGACUUUAAGUAACCAUUUACAAGGUCAGCUGUCUCAAGAAGUAUUAAUAUGUGGAGGUGGUAAUCAUCUUCUUGCACGCGGUGGAGACCUAUAUGGUUCUCGUAAUGGACAAGAAGAAAUAUUAUAUCGCGAUACGGAUGAUUUGCAAGAUAUAUCUCUUCCUGUUGCUGAUUCUAUUCCAAGACCAUAUAUCAAAGGAUUAAGAAAAAUGAUCACUGCGUUAAGAGAAGCAUUUCAAUCUGUUGAAGACAAAAAAGGUUGGAUAAAGGAACCAGUAUUUUCUGCGUCAUCUUUUGAAGAUGGUUUAUAUGUACAAGCAGUUAUUGAUGCAUUGCGACAAAGCAACAAACGACGAGAAUGGGUAAAAGUUAAUAUUUUAACUGAAGAACCGGAUCCAAAUCCAUUAUUAAGUGCAGCUGUUAGAGCCACAGCUAUUUCAAUAUAAACGAUAUUUGAGACUGCUUUUAAAUUAACUAAAAAUUUUCGCCAUUAAUAGAUAGUAAUAUAUUAAUAAAGAAAAAUUACGAACAAAAAUAACUGUAUUAUAACUAUUGCUUACGUGGCAGCUAUAAAUUAAAGUUCAAAUUAAAAUUUAGAUUAUGUUUCUUCUGCUCUUCCAAAAAAAA